UUGAUUUAUGGUCUCAAUAUAAUAAUCCUGAAGAAGGAGUACAACGAGAAGGAGAUAUACGUCGGAAAUCAAGAAAAACCAUUACAACGGAGAAAACUUUACUAUGGCCUAAUGGUAUCGUCAACUAUUACGUUCAUUCAUCCAUAGUUAAUGAGCCGCUAAAAUUCAUUAUGCUGGAGACUGCAUUACAAAUGAUAAUGUCGAAGACAUGCAUUAAAUUCAUCCGUAUUGAUGACUAUGCAGAGCUUUCAACAAAAAGUAAUUGGGUCAAUAUCACAGGUCACGAUGCGGGUUGCUACUCUGAUAUAGGAUGUAACGCUUACGGGCCAAGUGUAUAUCAUGAGCAUAUGAGACCAGAUCGCGACAAAUACAUCAACAUAAUAUGGGAAAACAUGAGAAAGGGAGAUGAAUUCAACUUCGAGCUAUUAAAUAAUAGUAUCGUGACUAAUUAUGGAUUACCAUAUGAUUACGAUAGUAUAAUGCACUAUUCUAUGACGGCGUUUUCUACUAAUCGGUCACUUCCUACAAUAAUACCUAAGGUAAUAUCAAUUUUCGAAUACAAUAUAAAAAAUAUU